AUGCGCCCCUCAUUCUACCAAACCUUUCUUCUUCACUUGACCAGUGGCUUCAGAUCUGUGUUAGCCAGCCCGGCGCUCUGGGCGGGCACAACCAUCCCUGGCGCCACAGUCACCAAGACGGGCGUCCAUGCCACAGAGACUGUCGCUCCGCCAGGGCCCGUGGCCUUUGGCACAACUCCAAAAUGUGGCAAGUGUUAUCAAGUCAACAAAGGGGAUUACUGCCAGCUCAUUGCCCUCAACUUCACCAUCACCGUUUCCCUAUUUGAAGCCAUCAACCCGCAAAUUGACGCGGGAUGCUCAAACCUCAGCCCCGGGCUAUACUACUGCGUUCUUCCAACAGCAGACUGGAACCAGACUACAACCACGACCACGUCAAGCUACCAGACCGCACCGGCACCCGCGCCCAGUGGGACUACCGGAAAUUGCUACGAGUGGUAUGUGGUACAAUCGGGCGACUAUUGCGCCAAGAUCGAAUCGGUGUAUGGCAUUACUAUGGCGCAGUUGCAGCAGUGGAAUCCCGAUCUCAAGGAUGACUGCUCGAACCUCCAGCUGAAUGAUGCCUACUGCGUACAUGCAGGUGCUGGCGGGGGUACCACACCUGGCAAUAUGGCUGUCCGAGUUCGAGCAUUUCCCACGUCUCCAUAA